AUGACGCCCACACACCGUUUGGGGGACAAACCACCCUACCACUACCAGAAUAAUCCGAAUCCAAGACCGGGGCCUUACCACCGACCUGCACAUAGCACAAACGCCCAAGGGCAUUCCACAGCGCAUCCUCCAAUGACAGGGAGCGCACAGUCAUCAUAUGUGCCGGGCUCGAAGCCAAGGCAGUCUAGAUACAACCCCAAUGUGCCGGGACGACCUCAUUCGUCUUCAAGCGGAUCGCUUACUAAACCUCGCUCCGGAAGUCGAUAUAACCCCGAUAAUAAGGUACCAUUCCAAAGCAGCACGGGUCGCGGAUUGAAUGUGACCGACUCCCGACGGUUUUCCAACACUUCGCAACCUCCAACGCCCUCCAGUCGGUACAAUGCCCAGCAACCCUCCAUUGCAUCCAAGCCUGGUCACCACAACUACUACAGCUAUCCGUACUCUCGUCGUCGUCCUUCGUCUGUUGCUGAUGAGUACGAUUCGGGCUCCUACAACGGUUACCCGGCAAGGACGAAAUGGCGCGAAACUUACUCCGGGCAGCAUGCGGUGGAUUACGAUGGAUAUACUCCGAUUUCGACUGCUAACUCAAGCAAAUUGCCAGCCUCUUCACAUACUCGGUUCAAUGGUAAUUCUGCGCCGUUUCCCAAGCGCUACUCUUAUAACACUAAUGAUCGUUCUUACCGCGAUGCUAAUAAUUUUUAUCCAACCAAUAAUGACCUUAAGGUUGCAGAAAAUCAACAUUCUUUAGGCUCAAGCUUAAUCAACUCUGUACCUCAAACGACACGCAAGAUUGAAGCAAAAGUCGCCAUCGAACAUGAAAGAAUUGACCUGGGGAGACAGAAACAUGCCAAUGAUCAGCUAAAAUCUCACAAGAAGGAAGAGGACUCAGCACCAGGAGAAACAACUGAACAUUCAGCUGCUUCAGGCUCGGUCAGCGGCCAGACUGACUUCACCAAUGACCUCGACGAUGAGAUAAAUAACAGCGAUGUACACACCAGGAAGGGUAAUCAAGCUGAAGUAGAUCAUGAUAUGGAUCAGACCGAGCCAUUGGCGAAAAAUUUCGCUAACCUGGUUGACUCUACUUCUGAUACUAUCCUCCAACCUAAACCUGACCUUAAGGAAGACCGGUCAUUAUCAUCGUCAUCAGUAGUAGAGCAUAAGACUCAUCUACAGUCGCAGGCAAAAGAGGUUACAAUGCAAGGCUACAGCAAACCUCUGAAAGAAAUGUCAAGUUGCUUAUUUCCCAUGCUUGAAGCGGAAAUGAGACUAUGGGAGCUGAAGAAUCAACACAGAAAUGAAAUUAUAAAGGACCAAAAGUACCUUCUGAAAAGACCAAUUACUGCUUUACAUGAUUAUCCAUUCAUGUCACAAAACAUUUUAAUUCACGAACAAGCCAUUAAACCAGUCCUUCUAAGCUCGCUAAGGAAAAUAAGGGGUCAAGAAGUAUUGCGCAAAGUUCAACUCAAAAAGAAGUUUUUGACUCUUGAUCAUAAGUGGAAGAAUACUUGCAAAAAUCUGGAGGAGAUAAGUAAAGAGGUGAAACAAGAAGAAAUUAAUGAUAAUUUCAAUACGAAAGAAAGAGUACAGUCGCAAAAGGAGAUAGAAAUUCAAAAUCAACAAAGCCGCUCUGGUAGCAGGCGCAGAAAUAGGGCUGAUUUUGUUGACGAUAAUGAAAUAGAAAGCGUGCUGUUGCAGAUUGAUCCCGAUUACAAACAUCAUCAACUAGCUGCCCAUAUUCCAGCUAUGAUCAUUGACCCUAUCCAAAGGUUUGGGAAAAAAUUCAAGGAUGUUAAUAACUUGGUUACCGAUAAAGACUCGUGGGCAGAACGAAUUAAAACCGAUGGCGUUGACACGUUUACCUUUGAAGAACAUGAAGCUUUUGUGGAGGCCUAUUUAACAUACCCGAAGAAAUUUGGAAAAAUUUCGCAAUAUCUGGGUGGUUUACGAAGGCCGGAAGAGUGCGUCCUUCACUAUUAUCGAACAAAAAAGGACACAAAUUACAAACAGCUGCUCAUUGAUAAAAACAAAAAGCGCAAAAUUAGUGUUGGGCGGAGGCGCAAAGAAAAGGAAAGAGAGGCGGAUUAUCCGAAGGUAACUUCUGAAUUUGGUGAAAAGGAAAAUGAUAUCCGCACUCAAAUAAAUGACUCAGUUUCCGGUGAGGGGGAUAUCAAGAAAGCCCUCAAUGAGACAGAAGACGAGAACGUCGAACAAAAUAAGAUUUUGAAGCAGGAGGAGCGGAAGACCAACAAUUUUCCUACAAAGCCCGAACCGGAGGAGGGCGAAGGUCAAGUAUCUGAAUCAUCUGCCUCUCAACAUCGUGACGGACUCGAUUUGUCUCGACCAGUAGAAGUUGUGCCAGAGAAAGUGCCUGUUGUUGCUAAUCGGGAGAGGGACCCUGUCGCAAUCAAGGAAUUUUUAGAAGAGGAACCUACCACUCCGGUGGCCAGCGAGAAUGCUAAUAAGCGUAAAAUCCAAGAGCUUGAAGAGGUAACUAGCGAGUUACCGGACUUUCAACCUAUAGCCCCGGCCGGAGGAAUAGAACUUCGAGAGAAUGUAGAAGGAGAGGAAUCUGCAGAGUCUCCUCAGCUUGAAGAAAAUGAGAAGUUUCAACAAUCAAAGAAGAAGGCAAAGCAAAAUGAAGGGGUUCAUAAAUCCAGCUACUGGAGCGUGAAAGAAACUAAUCUUUUUCCCGAGCUACUUAAGGAAUUUGGUACUCAGUGGGUUUUGAUUUCUGAAAAGUUGGGAACGAAAUCCACUACCAUGGUUCGGAACUACUUUCAAAGAAAUGCCGAACAAAUGGGAUGGCAAUCUUUAGUUGAGGGCCCAAAUGCAGCACUACAGAUUGAGAAAAAAAAUGAGAGUACAGGUAAUUUAAUCUCGGCUGAUCCCCAUCAUGAAGGGAUACCAUCACAGCAAGCUCCUUCUGUUAGCAUUUUCAACUCAUCUAAUCGCCCUUCGUCCACGCCAAUGCAAAUUCCCACGCUCACAACAAUGGAUACUUUCUCCCAACAGGCCACACCCAAAGGUUUACCACCACCUCGUCUACCUUCCAUCCAACUGAACCCAAGUAGUACUGCCUCUGAUCCGCGAACAGCCCCCGUUUCUAAGAACGUUCCAUCAGGUCAUGGAGACCCCGAUGCGGGUACUUCUCCAAGUCCGCGAAAUAUAUUUCAUAAUCAUCGGACUACUGCAGGAGGCUCAAGACCUUCUAUGAAAAAUAUUCUAAAUGAUGCUUCUUCAGAGUCGAUACAGCAACCUGCCUCCAAAGUGAAAGGUGUCGAGUUACCGCCUAUUAGCACCAAUGACCCGCCAAGUACAAAUGUAAUCGUUCAGGAGCUACAGCCGCUUAACUACACCACACCGUCAUCCGAAUUUUCGUCCCGGGCCUCGUUACCGGUUUCCAAUUCUCGUGGUUCUGGAUUUCUGUCGGCUAUUCUUAACGUUGCGCCAUCUCCAGAUUCUCAGACACCUCCUGGCCCCCCUAAGGUUGCUAUCAGCCGAUUUCCCGAGCCCUCUUUGGAUCUGCACUCUGCCAAACCGCCAAUUUUACCUCCAGUGACCAUGCAUUCUCGGAACGCGGGCUUUUCGGGAACAGCUGCACCCUCUCAUACGUUGUUGAGCAGACCUGCUGAAUUCAACUUCGCCAAUGAUCCACUUGCGGCACUAGCGGCAGUUGCGUCUGCACCUGAGGCUUUAGAAUCUUUGGUGCCCACAGACGGUCAUGAGAAUAAUUCUUCGUCUACAAAGUGA